GACGGUAUGUUUUAGUAUAUUUCCGAAUGUCAGCCGGUAUAUUUUGUCAAUGGGCCGCGGUCACAAUCGUCAAGAAGCUCGAGCGCGCGCGUUGUUCGUUAUUUUUUUUUGUUGUGCGCGCGUGGUUUAAAGAACUCGCAAAAAACUGUAAUUGCUUGAUUGUGAUUGAAAUUGAUUUCCAUUAAGUGCGAAUUGGAAAAAUUGUUAAAGUGUCAAAAACGGAUAGAGUGUGUUGUUGUGCACGUGUGUUUUGAGUGUGUGUGUGCUGGAAGUGCGUGAAAAAAUGCACUAAGCCGAGCAAAAAGCAGCGAACGGGAAAGAGAAAAACAUCAACAAUACAAUGCCAAUUUGAAACGGACCCAAAGACAGGAAGAGAAGGAAAGGAAACUAGAUAAAUAAGUACGGCAACUUGGAAAUUCCUUUGAGAAGCACACGCAGAAAAAAACCAACCAAAAAACAGUUAGAGCUAUGCAGCAGGCAGCGCAGUCGCAGUUGGCAUCGCCGCCAGACUUUGAUUUCCAGAUGCCGUGCCGCUAUUUCAAAAGUUCUUUUGCGCGUUCGCUUUCGCUGAAUGGCGCCGGCAGUGGCAGCGGCAGCGCAGCCUUGGCAUUGCCCAAGAACAAGAAACCGCAGACAAACGAGGUCACGCAGCAGCAGAGGCAAAAGCAAAAGCAAUGGCAGAAUAAGGAAGAGCCGAUAGAAGCAGAAGUGGAGACCGAGGAAGAGCAAGAGCGCGAGAAAGAGGGAGAACAGGAAUCAUCCUGUUGUUCUACGCCGCCUCCGGCUCUGCCAGCGCGACGUCACACGUCUGGCCACAACAACAACUUGAUGCAUUUUAGCAGUGCUGCCGCUAAUCAGCUGCUGCUCUCUCCGCAGCCAGCUCCCAUGCAAAUGCAGAUGCAGACGCAAACGCAGACGCAGAGGAAUCUCAAUUCUGUCUGGCCAAUGCAGCAGCCGCAGGCGUCGCAGUCACCGUCGUCGCAUCAGGAUUCCAACAGCAACAGCCACAUCAUGACGAUGAGAGCUGCCGCACCCAGCUGCCACCAGAGCCAGAGCCAGAGCCAGAGCUACCACAACCAAUAUGACUUGCAACAGCCACUGCCACAGGCACAGGCACAACCACAGCCACAGCAGCCACUGCCGCAGCAUCCACUAAAUGUCGAGGCUGUCAUAUUGCAGAAUCAGGUGGAUACAUUGCAUUGGCAAUUGAAACAGACCGAAACCAACUGCGAGAUGUAUCGCGCCGUCAUGGAGGAGGUGGCACGCUUCUUCGAGCGCUACCAGCAGCAGCUGCAUCUGCAGCAGACCCACCGCCACGGAGAGCAGAUCGCACGCUCCAAGAGCCUGCACCAUGUCCACGGAGUGGGCGUGGGCGUGGGCGGUGGCUCCUCGCUGCAGGGCGACCAGCGCGGCGAUACCCUGCUCCUGCACGAUGAGGACCAUGGAGCGUCUGCCUCGUAUCUGCGGGCCCGGAGCAGCACCAAUCUGAUGCUCAACAAGUCGAUGCAUGCGAUGAACGAGGAGCACAACUACGAGCCGAUCGCCCCAGCCGGCAGCUACAAUGCCUUCAAGGAUUUCACAUGGCGACGCUCCCCGAAGAAAAGUGGCGGCUGCAAGGCCCGCCUGUCCGGCCCAGAGGCCGCCGAGGAGAAGCUCAACCAGGAGGCCUUCCGCCUGGCGCGCACCAUCAGGAAUCUGCUGCACACGUCCGAGCAGCAGCCGGAUCUCACGCAGCCGCGUCACUCGCUGGCCUCCGUCUACUCGCUGCCCGGCAACGCCAACGGAAACGGACACGGAAACGGAAACCACAUGCCGCAUCUUCAUCGGCUGUGCAAGGCGAAGACCAGCUCCGUGAUGACGCUCCUCCAGACGCCGCCGCGACACAACUCGACGAGCAUCAUGAAUGCCAGCCUCUCGAUGGAGGUGCCCUCGCCCUGCCCCUCGGCCUCGACAGGCGGGGGCUCUGGUAAAUCCCAUGCGGAGAUGCUCUUCCUGCGGGCCAACACCAUGCGGGACUCGCGCCUCUCGCUGCGCAGCUCCACCGACAGCUCUGUGCAUUCCACCAUCUCCUCGACGGCCUCCUCCGCCUCCUCGAAGAUCGAAACGGACGAGGACACCAACAACAACAACAGCAAGACGAACAACAGCAACAACAACAACAAUUUGACCACCAACACCACCGUCGGGAACAGCGGCAGCAACAGCAGCAGCACAGCCGCAGCCACAGUCGCAGCCAUGAGCCACAGCAAGAAGCAACAACAGCAGCCCAUCAAUGGAGGGGGAGGGGGAGGCGGAGGCGGAUCGAGCAGCACAGAGGAUGAGAGUGGAUUCAGUUCCAUCAGCUCCUUCCACGACGUGGGCCUGCCCCUGAGCUCCACCCUGAUUGCAGGAGGAGGGGGAAUCAAUCACCAGAGGCGUCCUUCUGUCACCGCCACAGACAGCCGCAACUCGACGCUCAAGUCGGGGGCCCUGAAUGUGCUGGGGGUGCCCGUGCCCCACCAGACUCCGCAGCAGAGCAAUCCGCAGCCCUCGAAGACGACGUACAGGAAUGCAGGCCGCUAUCAGCGCUUCUCCACUCUGUCCAACGAGGAUGCAGCCGCUGUGCUGUGGGUCUGAAAUGCCCUCCAUAUCAUUACUAUUGUAGAUCCUAAAUUCUGUAGUUUGUAGUGUUUUUUUUUUUUUGUAUUUUUUGUAUUUUGUAUUCGCCAGACGAUGAAUCUGCAAUGACCACACCCACACCAUAUACUUGGAGGAGAGGAGAGGAGAGAAGAUGAGAGAAAAAGGAAGGAACAAUCGCAUUUUUAUGUUAACAUUUCGUGUAAAUUUCAUUUGAAUUAAGUUUGACACUAUUUAUAAAAUAAAAUGUAUAAUUUAUAUAACUUUA